CAUAAAGUCUGUAUUGUAGGAGCAACUAAAUUAGUUUUACUGAGGAUAAUACAAACUCCUCCAAGAAAGACAUUUAUAAAAUUAUAUUAAAAUAGAUCUUAGGGUAGAAAAGCAUGACUUUUGUGCUCUGAAUUUAAAUCAGAAAGAAGUUGCAGUUACUGAGUUUCAUUUAUGGACUUUUAUGCCUUGCUGUCUUAAGCAACGUAAAUAUGAAAACCCGGAGUCCUUUAAACUCAGUAAGACCUUUAUCUUGUAUCCGCCAUUUUGAAGCAAUCUCUCAUGGUGUCAAAGUUUCAAAGUAGAGAUCCUUGCAUAUAAGUGCCACAUUUUAGGAAAAUAAAGGCCAGACUUGCAAACUGCCAGUCUAUAUUAACAUCUACUUUGAAUCUCUUUGCUGGGGUGGAGUGGGGGAGCUCAGCUGAGGAAAGUAAAUAACUUUUCUUUUUCUUCCUUUCUUUUCCCCCUUGAGCUCUUUUUCUUAUAGGAUUGUAGGAAACUUGAAAGUUCCACUGCUCCAAACCCACCCACCGAGGACUCUGAACCUGUCCACCCCGGGCGCAUCAAGAUCUUCCAGCUGGGUACCCCCGAUUUGGGCCGACUUUGCACCUCCAAACAACCUUAGCAUGAUGUCUUAUCUUAAGCAACCGCCUUACGCAGUCAAUGGGCUGAGUCUGACCACUUCGGGUAUGGACUUGCUGCACCCUUCCGUGGGCUACCCGGGGCCCUGGGCUUCUUGUCCCGCAGCCACCCCCCGGAAACAGCGCCGGGAGAGGACGACGUUCACUCGGGCGCAGCUAGAUGUGCUGGAAGCACUGUUUGCCAAGACCCGGUACCCAGACAUCUUCAUGCGAGAGGAGGUGGCACUGAAAAUCAACUUGCCCGAGUCCAGGGUGCAGGUAUGGUUUAAGAAUCGAAGAGCUAAGUGCCGCCAACAACAGCAACAGCAGCAGAAUGGAGGUCAAAACAAAGUGAGACCUGCCAAAAAGAAGACAUCUCCAGCUCGGGAAGUGAGUUCAGAGAGUGGAACAAGUGGCCAAUUCACUCCCCCUUCUAGCACCUCAGUCCCGACCAUUGCCAGCAGCAGUGCUCCUGUGUCUAUCUGGAGCCCAGCUUCCAUCUCCCCACUGUCAGAUCCCUUGUCCACCUCCUCUUCCUGCAUGCAGAGGUCCUAUCCCAUGACUUACACUCAGGCUUCAGGUUAUAGUCAAGGAUAUGCUGGCUCAACUUCCUACUUUGGGGGCAUGGACUGUGGAUCAUAUUUGACCCCUAUGCAUCACCAGCUUCCCGGACCAGGGGCCACACUCAGUCCCAUGGGUACCAAUGCAGUCACCAGCCAUCUCAAUCAGUCCCCAGCUUCUCUUUCCACCCAGGGAUAUGGAGCUUCAAGCUUGGGUUUUAACUCAACCACUGAUUGCUUGGAUUAUAAGGACCAAACUGCCUCCUGGAAGCUUAACUUCAAUGCUGACUGCUUGGAUUAUAAAGAUCAGACAUCCUCGUGGAAAUUCCAGGUUUUGUGAAGACAUGUAGAACCUCUUAUUGUGGGUGAUUUUUAAAUAUACUGGGCUGGACGUUCCAGUUUUAGCCAGGCAUUGGUUAAAAGAGUUAGAUGGGAUGAUGCUCAGACUCAUCUGAUCAAAGUUCCGAGAGGCAUAGAAGGAAAAACGAAGGGCCUUAGAGGGGCCUACCAACCAGCAACCCGAAAUGGACAAACCAAUCUACUUAAGAUCCUGUCAUAGUUUUAGAUCAUUGGUUAUCCUGAUUUGCAAAGUGAUCAAAAGCAUUCUAGCCAUGUGCAACUAAACACCACCAAAAAUAAAAUCAAACAAAACUAAGUUGUGAAGGAAGGGAGGGAAGGUCAUAGCCUUCUUAAGCAGAGGUGUUCCAAUGUUUUAGCCAAUCCUUGGUUGAAUCUUAGGAAUGAACAGUGUCUCAAGCUCAUUCACGUUUCAUGACCAACUGGUAGUUGGCACUGAAAAAACUUUUCAGGGCUGUGUGAAUUGUGUGACUGAUUGUCCUAGAUGCACUACUUUAUUUAAAAAAUAAUGUUCAUAAGGAGUCAAUAUGUAGUUUAAGAGACAAUCAGUGUGUGUCUUAUAAAUGGUACAUCUGUGGUUUUUAAUCUGUGCUAGACUUCAAAACUGUGAUCUCCUGUUAUUGUAUGCAACCUUGAACUCCACCUCUGCAGGGGUUCUUCUGUGAUUAAAUAGGUUAUAAUUAUAAGCAAAAUUCAGAGCAACUGAGUACUGAUCUAAAAAGAUUACCUUUGGCUGGAGGUGAGCUGCACUGAAACUUUACGACAAAAUGUCUCUGGACAAGGAGAGUCAGAGAAGAGAAGCAAAAGGACACUAAUUCAUCUGUAAUUUACUGUUGGUAAGCCUAGCAGUAAAGAGACAUUGGUCAAUUGCUCUGACCCUGAUGAAUUAUUAAACUGAGAUCAUUGUCGUUUAUGCUUGCAGAUGUUAACUGGAAAAGUUAUAUAUGCAUAAACCUUUUCUUCCUGGAUUUGGCAGAUAUGUAUAAUUAUAUUAAAAUGGUUCUAGCACAA